UGGAGAAAGUUUUGGGGAAUCACAUCAGCACGCCCACAGAGGAAUCAAACUGGCAUCCGCUGAUCUAAGUUGGGAUCCACCAAGUACAGCCAUGGAUGGACAACCAUUGCCAGAGGAGAGCUUUGAUGAUGUAUCUCUUGAGGAGACCUCUGAGAUCAGAAAGGAUUUUCUGAAUGCUGGAAGACAGAAGAGAAGUGUGUGGGGCAGGCGGCGGUACGCUGCUCCAGUGGAGAGCUCAGCAUACAGAAUUGCUGGGUUAGGGCGCCCCCUGGAAGGCUGGGGACACAGGAGGAGAGGAGCUGAAGAAUCUAAUGGACUGAUGGCUGUUCUUAAAGAGCUGCAUGCGGAAAAAAGGAGGCUGAUGUAUCACUGGAAAAAAGGAGAAGAAGAGGAUGAUGAUGAUGAUGAUGAAGAAGAGGAGGAAGAGGAAGAAGAGGAAGAAGAAGAAGAAGAAGAGGAAGAAGAAGAAGAAGAGGAAGAAGAAGAGGAAGAAGAAGAAGAAGAAGAAGAGGGAGAGGAAGAAGAAGAGGAAGAAGAAGAAGAAGAAGAAGAAACAGAGUCUCCUACAAACCAAACAGACACACUCACCAAUUCCACUCUUGGCCAGUGCACGACCAUAAAUGGAGAAAUCAACUGCAGGAGAAUCAACCUGACCUACCUGCCAAUCAUCCAAAACCUGGUGGCGGUGAAGCUGGACUUGGGAGACAACGGUAUCAGAAAGAUUCCCUCUGGUUCCUUCGCUGACCUGCCGAACCUGCGCUCACUGGAUCUCAGUGAAAAUGACCUGGAGGACGAAUCUUUCAACCAAAACCCUCUAAGAAAUUUGACCUUUCUGAAGAAGCUGAAUUUGGAAGGAAACCAUCUCACCAAGAUCCCGGUGCUCCCGUCGUCCCUCGAGGAGCUCAAACUUAACCGCAACAACCUCAGUUCACUCAGUCCUGAUUGUUUUAAAGGUUUGGUGAAUAUUUGGAGUCUGCAGCUGGCUGACAAUCAUCUGGCUGAGGGCGAUCUGACACCUUUACAGAAACUCCUGGAGCUCGAUCUGAGGAACAACCGCUUUCUUGCGCCCCCUAGAGGACUGCCAUCCACUCUACUGAAGCUGAGUAUGAAGGGGAAUCUCAUGCGGGAGCUGAGGUUUGACCACCUGAGAGGCUCCAGUCAACUGAAAGAUCUCGACCUGAGUCACAAUCAGCUGCACGAGACCAGCAUCGAUCAGCAGGCCUGGAUCCACCUCAAGCACCUUGAGGUCCUGGACCUGUCCAGUAACCAGCUGACCUCCGUCCCGCUGAAACUGCCUCCUUCUCUUCUCAAUCUGACUCUCGAGCACAACAGCAUCCGUCACAUUCCGGCCUCCACCUUCCGACACCUGCGUCCAGGGCUCCACUCCCUCAGCCUUUCACACAACGCUUUGACCGACGAUGGCAUUGAGCGGCACUCUCUUGUUGGAAUUUACCGAUCUCUGGCCGAGCUCCUGCUGGAUCACAAUCAUCUCGAGACGGUUCCUCGCUGCGUCCGCUGGAUUAAGAACCUGCGCGUGCUGAGACUGGACAACAACCUCAUAAGACUGCUGGAGAAGUGGGCCGUCUGUCAUCCGAGCAAUUCCGGGUCGUCCCUGGCUUCAGUCCGUCUGGAAGGCAACCGUUUGUUGCUGGAGGAGAUUCACCCAAACACAUUCUCGUGUCUCACUCAUCCUGGAGGUCUGACGCUCCGUCCACAGCAGGAGAAAUGA